ACGUAUCUUAUCCCGCAGAAUAUGCCGACAUAAUCGAAAACACGCACGCCUGCCACCUUAUAAACCCCUUUCACAGCACGUGCCAGGUCCAAUGCCACGCGUGACCUGCAUGCACCCAUCUCCCUAAGCUAAAUGCGGCUCUUUCUCAGUUUCUCACUCUCUCUACAUGCAAACUAAGUGCAGUUUUCGUUUGAAAGUCUGUUAAAUUGAAUCAAAUCAUUGAAAAAAAAAAAGAAAAAAAAAGUAAAAUUAAUGGAAGGAGUGAAUGUUUCUACACAUCCAGAGAUUCCUGCUGAGCCAACCCAGAUUGGAACAGCCCUUCUUGAAAAGGCCACCGCCACUAUUCAAGGGUUUGACCCUGUUAACAAAAUUCACCAGCAUCUCUGCGCAUUCCAUUUCUAUGGACAUGAUAUGACUCGACAGGUGGAAGCGCACCAUUUCUGUGGACAUCUAAACGGGGAUUUCCGGCAGUGUCUUAUAUAUGACAGGCCUGAUGAUGAUGGGCAGCUGAUUGGGGUAGAGUAUAUAGUAUCAGAGGAACUUUUCUUGACACUGCCGGAUGAUGAGAAGCAAUUCUGGCACUCCCACGAAUUUGAAGUGAAGAGUGGGGUUCUGUUCAUGCCCGGAGUGCCCGGCCCCGUCCAGCGCAAGGAAUUUGAGAAGGUUGCCAAGACUUACGGUAAAGUGAUUCACUUUUGGCAAGUUGAUAAAGGUGACAAUCUUCCCCUUGGAAUUCCUCAAGUCAUGAUGGCUCUCACCAAGGAUGGCCAGCCCUAUGAGAAUCUAGCUCAAGAUGUUGAAAACCGUUACAAUAUUUCCUUUGAGGAGGAGAGGGAGAAUCGAGCAUGCAUUAAAGGCCCUUCUCAUGGAAUACAUCCAAUGGCGAAUGCAGCUGGAAAAGGGCUGCAAACAGUGCUGAGGGAGGUGGAGUGCUGCAAGGAAGGGAAGUCUACUCGAGUCUUUGUUUGACUCUAUUGCCGCUUUCUAGUGCUGUCUCUGGGUUUUCAUCUUGGGUUUCUAGGGAUCGGUAGAAUAGUAUUAUUGAACAAAUAAUAUAGCUUCUACCUGUGUGUGUAUAUUUGUAUGUAUACACAUGUUUUUGCCACUAGAAUAAAUGGAACUUUGUGAACAAUCUUCCCAGUA